UGAGUCACUAUACAUAACAACUUGGGAAUUUCUCCCUCUCGUUUCGAAUAAAUUUGCUUCGCUGCUCCACAGAAAACUCUUCGUGCCCACACACAGACAUUCGUACCUCUGUACGGGACGUGUGUAUACACAUAUAAAUAUAAUAAAUGCGAAGGGAGAUCUUUCGUUCUUUCAGUCGAGUGCGAUUGACGACGGAGUGCGGACGUCGCUUUUUGGCGGAUCGCGUUCAUCGAUGACACGUGCUUCGAGAUAAGGCAGCAGAGCGAUUGUCCCCGUCAUCGAGACUUUUUGCCGAAUUAGCCAAAUUCAUUGUUUCUUUUUUUUUCAAUUUAAAUAUUUUUUUGUUAUCAACUCUCGAGGCGUGCUUAAUCGCUCUCGGAUUUACGGCGUUGACGAUCGGUGCACUUUAUUUGUGUACUUUUUGACGAUUGCUCCUUCGCCUGUACGAACGCGCGGAUGUACAAUCGCGUUUGAACGGAGCGCGAGCGAGCAAGAGACGGCGCGAGGUAUUUUAUCGAAACAAUUAACGCGAGCGGGGACCUCUCGGAGGGACACCGAGCUCGGCGAGAGAGCUCGUCGGGCUCCAGAGCGCAGGGUCCCGACGCAUCGACGAGCUCGAUUUUAAGAGCCGUUAAUUUCGCUUAUUUCAAAGACCGAAGCGUGAAAUUGGAAUAAUUUUGAAAGGCGAGCCCCCCUCGAGGAUCGAGGCUCGAGUAAAUUGUAAUUUUUCAAUCGCUCCCCGUAAAACGAAAGCGGACUUUCGACUGGCGAAAAUUUCGAGGAUAUCGGAUCCAGUUGCGAGCACGCGAGUUGCGACGAAAGAUCGAGGAGAUCAUGAACAGCGAGCACAGUUCGGGGCAGGUAAACCGUGCGAAAAGUGCGAUUGAGCGAGCGCUCCGCGGGGCCGUUUAUUUGCGGGAGCAGUGAAACGCGCGUGGAUAACGGUCGAGUCGAGCUGGCGGGAUUAUAAAAUUAAUAACGAGUUCGUUGGGGUCACACUGGCCGUGUGACACGCCGAGAGCGACGGAGAAAAGCGGAGCGAGAUUAAAACGCGCGGCGAAAAAUACGAAAACUUUCGAGUUAUGGGUCAGCGGGCUGUGCUAAACGUAGAAAAAUAUAAUUUCGGUAUCGAGGAAAAAAGCGGCUCCGACGAGGAGCAAAAUCAUUGAGAUAUGUCAAUUAUUCAAACGAAAUAAAGUUAUAAUUCGACCGAGGAAUAAAACUUUUGACAAGCCAAAGAGUUCGAGCGAACAAUGGGUCUCUGCGAGGACACCGCGUUUCUCCGUCUCCUGCCAACUUCCGGUUGGCACCUCGUCUGGUCAUGGCAGGCCGGGAACGGUACAACGGUCAAAAAAAUCGGCAGCGCAUCCCCGAGGUCCGAUUGCUUCGUCGAGCUCGUCAAUUUGGCGGUCGCGGUCGUCGUGCUUCUCGUAACGAUUGGCAUCGUCGUCAAAUACAAGCGCGGAGACGAUAUUCGAAGAUCGUCCACGCGUCUCCUCCCCCUGCACACACUUCGGAGCGUCCUCUGCAUAAUUUUGACGCUGUUCCUCGUGCUGGAGUUGUCGGAAUCGAUGAUGGAGCUGGCUCCGCUUUCGCAAAUACUUUCGUUAAUGGCUAUUAUUUCUUGCUGGUUUCUUCACCGAGAAACCGAGAUGAGGGACGGCCUCGGGCUCGCUGGGACCGGCGGAUCUUUUGCCACUGUCGCUCUCGCCAGGGCUUGGCGACUUUAUCAUUUGCAAAGGUACGGCUUGACGGCGAGUCACGUUCGAACCAUAACUACAGGUGGGACAGCGUUGAUCAGCGGAUUUCUGUCGGCCGUAGAUUCUUACGUGCUCUACCGAAUGAUGCAGAAGAGCAAACGUUACGAGAUUCGUGGAACUGGAUACAGGAGAAUUUCUUACAGGCACAAGUACUCGACGUUCGUCGGCAAGCUCACGUUUCAUUGGGUCGUCGAUCUUUUGACACGUGGAUACAGAAGCCCACUCGACCUCAACGAUUUGGGCGAGCUUCCCGAUGAGGAAUCGACCGUCGUGCAGUUCCGCAAGUUUCGUCACAUUUUCGAAAGCAGGAAGAAAAGUCGCUCGGACGGAAAGAUCAAACUGUGGCCCUGUUAUUGGGAACGAGUUUGGCCUUGCUUCGCAAUUGGAGGAGUUUUGAAGCUCUUGGGUGACGCGACGACUCUCGUUGGUCCCAUGGCAAUCUCCCGGAUCGUUGAUGACGUGUCGUCGAGACAAAAUUCGACGGUGAGGAUCUCCAGGAGUCUUCAAUUCGAGGGAUUCGUGACCUUCGGACGUUUGAUGGAGAACGGCUACUUCGUCGGUCUGCUCAUGUUCUUCGCUGCCAUUUUCCAAAGCACGCUGAGCCAAGCCUCCACCCACUUUUUGAACGUCGAAGGGAUCCGGCUGCGGACCGCGCUCCAAGCUCUCGUCUACGACAAAUCUCUCCGCCUCUACUCGUGGACGAUAUCCGAGGAGGAGGAACCGACGAGCAAGCAGAGCGCGAAGGAAAAAAGUUGGCAGAGGAAUGGCCAGGCUGCCGACAUCGGAACGCUGACGAACCUCAUGGCCGAGGACGUCUACAACGUCAUGAGCUUCUUCUGGAUCGGGCACUACACUUGGGCGAUUCCGCUGAAGAUCGCCGCGAUCGUGUUUCUGCUGUACGUCAAGCUCGGGAUAAGCGCGAUUAUCGGAGCGAUUUGUUGCAUCGUCAUCGUCACACCGCUGCAGCUUUACUUGGGUAAAAAAAUGUCGUCCAACUUGAAAAUGGUUGCGGAAAAGAGCGACGCUCGACUGAGACUCGUCAACGAAGUGCUUCAGGGGAUGAGACUCGUGAAGCUCCGAGCUUGGGAAAAACUGUUCGAGGCUCGAGUCAAAAACACUAGGAACGAAGAGCUCUCGUUGCUGGACAAGGAUUCGCUGUACUGGGCGCUCAUAACCUUCCUGACCCACGCCUCGUCGGUUUUGACGACUCUCUUCACAUUCGGAGUGUACUUUUGGAUCGAGGAGCGUCACUUGGACGCGGGUAACGUGUUCGCGAGUUUGGCUCUUUUUUCUCAGCUGACGGUGCCGCUCUUCAUAUUCCCGGUGAUCGUGCCGAUAAUAAUAAACGCAACGAUAUCGACCUCGAGGCUCGAGGAAUUUCUGUCGCUGCCGGAAAUCGUGGACGUUCUACCGGAAACGAGCCCGGAAACGAGCUCCCCGGAAGAGGAGCGCGCGAGCUCGGCGAUCGAGGCCAACUCGCAGCCCGAUCCGAAGAGCCUCCGGAGCGCCUCGACCUUCGGGACCCUCGGUAACAUCGACGAGGAUGAGGAAGAGGCGAAUUCACAUUUGCUAGGGAAACGAGAUUCCGGGAUAAUGAGCUCCUCGACUGACACCGUUUUCGUCGAAGAUUCCGAGCCCCGCGACUCCAUUUACGAGCCUCCGUUGCUCCAGGUCCAAGGAGUUUUCUCCUGGGGCGAUGACAAUUAUUUGACGGUGCGAGAGAUCGAUAUUCCGAGAGGAAAAUUGACUCUCGUCGUGGGCCGAACGGGCAGCGGAAAAACGUCCUUGAUAUCCGCGAUUCUCGGCGAAAUGCAGCAGCUCCAGGGCCGAGUUAAAUGGGCAAAAGAUGCAAAAAUAACUUACGUCUCCCAGAAGCCGUGGCUGCUCAACGCCACCCUCCGGGACAACAUUCUCUUCGGCUCGUCUUACCGUCCGCGUCGGUACCGGAGCGUCCUCCGGGCCUGCGCCCUCCAACCGGACGUCGACAUUCUGCCGGGGCGGGAUCUCACCAGAAUCGGUGAGAAGGGAAUAAACUUGAGCGGCGGACAGAAGCAACGGAUCACGAUCGCGAGAGCCAUUUACAGCGACGCGGACACUCUCAUUUUGGACGAUCCGUUAUCGGCGCUGGACCAGCAAGUGGGUCAGCAAAUAUUCGAGAACGGAAUUCAAAAGCUUCUGUUGCGCCGAGGUCGAACAGUGAUAAUGGUUACUCACAGGCUGGAUUUUUUGGGAGCGGCCGAUCACAUUAUAGCGAUGGAUUGUUGCGGAGUGCGCGAAGUGGGAACAAAGUCAACGAUCGAGAGUUCCGAUCCUAUUUUGGGGGAGGAAUGGCGGCAAUCGUCACAAAGACGGGGCCUCGUUAACAAGGAAAUUCACAAAACGGCCAAGGAUCGCUGGUCGCUCGUCAGACUUAUCUCGAGAAUCGGGAUAUCGGUUAAGCACAGAAAUGCUAAUGACGGCUCGUGGUCGACCGAUCGAGAUGCCUACGUCAUCCCUCCGAGUUUCGUGCCACUGCGUUUACGUAGAUCAACGUUAUCGGGAUCGCGCUAUCUCGCUCAUGAUCUCACGGAUCUACCUGUGCCUGCGGAGGAAUGGGGGGCGCUGCGUAGAAAAUCGAGGAAGCAUCGAGUCGCGGUGAGAUCAACGAGCCUACAACCGCCCAAAAAUCCGCCGCCGUUUCUUCGCAGGAGCAGCACUCCGACGAUAUUAGAAAGUCGUUACACCGUUCCGAGGAACAAGCGUCACAGCGUCCUCGACGGUGGUCAGAACAGCAGCAUGUUGAAACAACUUUUUUCCGGAAGGAUAGUGAGCGUGACGUCGGAGGAGGCGACGAUGAGCCGGGAGCGGAGCGUGCUCCGUCGUCUGAUGUCGACGACGUCCAGUUCGACGAGCAAGAUUAGCCAGGGUAACGGGGAGUCGGAUCACCGGCCUCUCAAGAGAUUAAUUUCGGCGGAUUCGAGCACGACGAUCGAGGACAUCGAGGAGGAAAGCGAGAAAGUCGCCGAUUGCGAGGAAUCGACGAGUUCCUGUUCGAGCGAGAGCAGCGAGGGUCUCGUGACGAAAAAUAUUUGGAUGGGUUACCUCAAGGCCGGGGGGCUGGCCCCGAGCCUCGGUUACUUCGGUGCAGCGUUGGCCUCUCAAGCCCUGCGGAUCUACACCGAUUUGUGGCUCAGUCGGUGGACGGACUUGGGCAUCGAGUCGGAAAAAUCGAUCCACGUUCGCGAGGAGACAGUUUUCUACUUCCGGAUGUACGUCCUUCUUUCGAUCAGCUCGAUCGUUAUCGCCGCUGUGAACAGCGCAGCGGGACAGUGGGCGGGGGCCAAGUCUCGGGAGAAAAUCCACGAGGAAGCGAUCUCGGGGCUGCUCGGGGCGCCGCUCAACUUUUUUGAGAAAACUCCGAUCGGCCGAGUCUUGAAUCGCUUCAGCGCCGACAUGGGAGUCGUGGACAAAAAACUCUCAACGGCCCUGCAAAGGCUGACGUCCUUCGUUCUCCUCUGCGCCUCCGCGAUCCUCGUCAACGUUUUCAUAUCUCCGUGGUUCCUCGCCGCAGCUUUCCCAACUUGCGUCGUUUAUUACGUGCUCCAAAGAUUCUAUCGACGGAGCGCGAGGGAGUUGCAGCGGCUGGAGGGAAGCACUCGCGGACCGGUGGCUGCUCACUUUUCUGAAACUUUGGCCGGUUUGCCGAUCGUCAGAGCCUCGAAGCAGCAGCCACGUUUCAUGAGGGAAAUGAUCGAGCAUCUGGACGCGAAUACAAACGCUUUUCUCGUGCUGAACACGAGCACCAGGUGGCUGGGAAUCGCUCUGGACUAUUUGGGAGCAGCCGUUGUCGUGACGGCGACGUACGCGGCCCUCCUGACGGCGGAGACGUACCCGGACCGGGUGAGUCCAGCGCUCGUUGGAUUGGCAGUGAAUUACACGCUGCUCGUUCCGAUUUACCUAAAUUGGGUCGUAAAAUUCGUCUCGGAGAUCGAAAUGUACAUGGGAAGCGUCGCGAGGCUGAGAUCGUACGCGAAAACGGCGCAGGAAAAUUACCGGGAAAAUGGAAUUUCCGUGAGUGAAAAUUGGCCCGAGAGGGGGGAAAUUAUUUUCGAUAACGUUUCCCUGCGCUACGAUUCCCAAGCCGAGCCGGUCGUCGAAAACCUCAAUCUUCGAAUCCCGGCUGGACAAAAGCUGGGAAUUUGCGGCAGAACCGGCAGCGGUAAAUCUUCGACGCUGAUGGCGCUUUUUCAACUGUUGCAAGUGUCACAGGGUCGAAUAAUCGUCGACGGCAUUGAUCUCCGGGAGAUCUCGUUGGCGACAUUGCGAUCGAGGCUAUCGGCGAUUCCCCAAGACGUGAUAAUGUUCAGUGGCAGUAUAAGAGAAAACCUCGAUCCCCUCGGCGAGUACGAGGACGCGGAGCUCUGGAGAGCUCUGGAGCUCGGUCAGAUGAAGGAAAUCGUCGGGGCCCACCCCGAGGGGCUGGAUUUCGAGGUCCGCGAAGGGGGUGAAAACUUUUCGUCGGGCCAAUUGCAGCUGCUGAGUAUGGCUCGAGCCGUGCUGAGGCGAUCAUCGAUCGUGAUACUGGACGAGGUAACGAGCGCUUUGGAUUUCUCCACGGAGAAGUCGCUCCUCGGCGCAGUGACGAGCGCCUUCAAGGACAAAACGCUCAUCACCAUUGCGCACCGAGUCGCCUCCUUGAUGGACUGCGACAGGGUCGUGGUUUUCGACGAAGGUCGAAUCGUCGAGGAAGGCCCACCGAGGGAGCUCGCCCAAAGACCGAUGGGAUUCUUCACCGCGAUGCUCCGAGCCGGUGACACGAGCAACGACGAGAAAACGUGACGCGCGCCUCACCAGCAGCCAAUUCGAAUUGCGAAUCGAGCCAGCAUAUUUUUCCCGCUGUCCAUACCCCCGCGCACCUCUCUAACACGCCUCACGAAUCGCAUUUAUGUCGGAAUUGUAAAUAAUAAUAAAAUCAUUCAAGCUGUGAA